AUGCCCGGCCGGCUAUCUAACGAGAUGGAAGGACACGGCGGAGGAACUGACGUGGAUAAUGGCUGUAGCAGCGCUGCCGUGAAGCAGAGGCAGCACGACGGCAUGGACCAUGGUGCUGGUGCUGGAGCGAGGCGAGGUGCGACACAAUGUCCAACACCCCCGAUCGAUCCCUUUCCCGACUACGAGAACAUCCCGACGCCUGCCAACCUUGAUACUUUUAGGAAGACCUUGAAGUACGAGCCAACCGCCGAGAACGGGGGCUCGGCUUCGCCUCUGAUCGACGACCUUCCCAAUGGCAGCCAAGUUGGCCGUACCUCAUCCCGAACGGAGAACGCUCCUCCUACAAAGCCACGAGCACAGUCAAAUACCAAGCAUGGCACUCACGGUAGUCGUGAUGGCAUUAGGAAGCUCUCUGCUUCCCAGAUGCAGGCCCUCACAUCAGCCCCGGACUCCUUGCCCGUUGCUGUCGUGGCUACACCGCAGCGUAAACCCAACGGAUCCGAAUACCCCUUGUCGGCUAAUGCUAUCGACGACAUGUCGCACAUCUCGAUGGGAGAUCAGCUACAAGACGGUAUUGAGAUGUCACUGCGAGCGAGGAAUGGCUCCGUUCGAUCUAACGGCUCGGGUGACGCAAAAAAACCAGGUCGACGCACGGCCGCCGACUUUCAGCGACCGCCUCCGUCCGCUCGUACUCUUUCCAGUCCUCCCAUUAAUAGGAGACCCCCGCCGGGUGCUCCGAUGAGUGCGCCGCUUCACAAUCGACGGAACUCAUUCAACCCUCUUCCCAGACCAGCACCCCUCAACCUGAACGGGCCGCCCAAAUCUGCUCAAGCCACUGCAAAAUUAACACCAGUUCAGCCAGAACGCGCUCAAUCUCCUCCCCGCUCGCCGAUGAUCCCCACAAUACCCCUACCGCCCAUGUCACUUCCCACGCAUCUGCAACUUGAACUCGCAGGCCAACGACCGAGUCCAUUGUAUAUCCAUCAAUCCCAUUCUGCGGAUACUCCCUAUGAAUCCAGCGCCGUCAAAUUCGAACGUUUGCUGAAUGCCUUACUGCUCCCACCCUAUCUCGAGCAAAUCAUGCAUUUUGGGACGCUAGCAUGCUUUGAUGCUUGGCUGUAUACAUUCACGAUAUUGCCAAUGAGAUUUGUUACUGCUCUAGGGGUACUUGUGAAGUGGUGGUUGUACCUCAUCUGGAAAGAGGUUCGAUGGGUAGUUGGCUAUGUUUGGUUCGGUCUGGGACGCCUUUGGCGGAGAGGCCGGAGGGGUAGAACUUCAGCGCGUGAGCCGAGCGACCACACCCAAGCUCAGAGUGAAACUGAACGGAGCCAAAGCCGGGCGAGGAGGGGUACUGGUAGUCCAAGGCCAAGACAAAACGGAGUGGCGAGACAACGGAAUACAUCUGAUGCCCAUGGAUCGUCUUUGGGAGAACAAGCACGACCGAAUCCGAGCGAUGUGUUUUAUCCCCCUAAACAUGCGAUGCCUAGACCGGGGCGGUUCCGACAUCGUAGGACGAAGUCGAUGCCUUCGAGUCUCACAUCGUACCACAAAGCCGAUCUUCUCCAAGGCGCUGUUCUCAUCUGCAGUUCUAUUGCUCUGUCGAAUCUUGACGCAAGCCGAAUGUACCAUUUCAUUCGUGCACAGUCAUCCAUGAAAUUAUAUGUCAUCUACAACAUACUAGAGGUGGCCGACCGGCUCCUUUCGGCGAUCGGACAGGACAUCUUGGAGUGUCUCUUUAGCUCGGAAACACUUUCGCGGAACAGCUCCGGAAGAUCCAAGAUACUGCUACCCUUCGGCAUGUUCUUGCUCGCACUGGUCUAUAAUGUCAUUCACACGUGGUGUUUAUUCUACCAAGUUAUCACCCUGAAUGUUGCAGUAAACUCGUAUUCCAAUUCCUUAUUGACGCUGCUCAUAUCGAACCAAUUUGUCGAGAUCAAAGGCAGCGUGUUUAAGAAGAUUGAGAAAGAGAAUCUGUUUCAGCUUACCUGCUCAGACGUAGUAGAGCGGUUCCAGACGUGGAUCAUCCUUCUCAUCAUUGGUAUGCGAAAUGUGGUGGAGGUUGGUGGCCUCUCUGUCCCCGGAGCUGGUAGCGAGCUCGAUGGCGGCGGUCUCAAAGCCGGUCCAAUGCAUACGAGUUCAAUCUUACCUGCCAGCUUUACGGUUCUACCAACAUGGCUUCAAUCAGGCGAAGUUCUCUCCCCAUUUGUCGUGGUCAUCGGCAUCGAGAUGAUGGUCGAUUGGAUUAAGCAUGCGUACAUCAACAAGUUCAAUAACGUCAAACCUACGAUCUACCAAAGGAUGCUAGAUAUCCUUUGUAAAGAUUACUACACCAACGCCUUCUCCGCCCCAUCCUUGACACGUCGACUCGGUCUCCCGCUGUUGCCGUUAUCCUGCCUCUUUAUCCGUGCAUCUUUUCAAGUAUACCAUAUGUUCCUCGCCACACACAUUCCUUCACCUAUACCUACAACGACCACUGAGCUGUCGGCCGAAUCUUCCUUGCCGUCUUCGGCCGCUAUGAUUGCCGCUUUCGAGCAGCUUGAUACAUUGAUUCGCCAUGCACUAGGCCGUGCUGUGUACCCACACGAGUCCUCCCAUGAUAAGCCGUGGUGGUCUUUUUCAUCGGACGACGUUAUCGCACUCUUGACCAUGCUCGUGUUUUUCUUUCUAGCGUGGAUCGUACUACUGAUCGUCAAGUUGCUUCUUGGUAUGGCUUUGCUCCGAUAUUCUCACAGGCGAUAUACCAUAGUAAAGUUGAGAGAGCAUGCUGUCGCGACGGGGAAGGCGGAAGACGAAAAUUUCUCACAGCCUGGACAGCGUAUUGGCGCAUUCAGUGCCGUAGAGAUUGGUGACGAGCGAAGGAAGCUGAUCUACGAGGACGAUCCGGAAGGCCUUAAGAGAAUGCGUGACCGAGAACGUAAGACACAAGAAAAGCUUAAGGAGAAAGGAGAUGAUGGUCUUGCGAAAGUUGUUCGGUAUGAAAUGGUUGCAAAACGGAUAUGGUGAACGUUGAGUAGAGGUCCAUUCUACAUCCCCUCGCGUUGUUACUUUAUUUACUAUACAUGGUUAUGGCGUUGAGGCUCAUCAAUUGGUCAUGAUUCAGUCUUGCAUG